AUGACAAACUCUCUUGUCAUCUUGCAUUGUGUCAUGACUACUGUCAUAAAAGACAUUGCUGAUAUCAAAGCAAAAACUUUGGACACUUCUGUAUCUGCUGUUUUGCAGAGUCAGCCGAUGGCUUUAGUGCAUACUGUUCCUCUUGUGAGCAUGGAAAUAAAUGUAGCUGGUUCUCCCAUCAUAGCUUUUGAUGCAAGAUCAUCACCAAACACUGAGUUGACAGAAAACCUCAUUGCCUACUUGGAAAGAAAUUUCAUAGGAGAAGGACUGAGAGAAAGUGAUGUUCGUAACUUUGUCUACAUGAACUUCACUAGCAGAAAACGUGCAGCUAAAAAGUCUCAGACUAAAAAGAAGUCAGAAAAUGCUUGCAACAGAAGGAGUAGCCGCGAAAAGGAGUCUAACAAGACUGAUAUUGAUGACAAGAUGAAAAGAGAUCGCUCUGGUCUCAUUAUAGAAGAGGCUAUGUCUGUUGGUGAGUCAGACGAUGGCACUUUGCCUCAUUACAACCACUUCAUCACACUUGUUGACAAGAAAGUGGUAGCUGAUUUAGGCUCAAAUAGCCAUCAAUUGCUGUCACAUGCUUUUGGCAAAACCAUUGAAGGACCAGUUUCUGAUGCAAUUGUGUCACAGUUUCCUCAGUGA